GGAUAGUGAGAGGGGAGAGAGGUGGGGGAUGGGGACGACGCUGCGAUACGCGAUGGUGUGCUCGUCGAACCAGAAUUAGGGCUUUGCUUGAGCCCUAAUUGUUUGGACCGAAGGCGGGACGCGUUUGGAGGUCGGUCAUUGGAGUCAAGAAGCAAGCGACGAGAAAGAACCAAAGCCUCAGCAAAGGGAGUUGGGGGACUAGAGGGAUAGUGAGAGGGGAGAGAGGUGGGGGAUGGGGACGACGUUGCGGUACGCGAUGGUGUGCUCGUCGAACCAGAAUUAGGGCUCUGCUUGAGCCCUAAUUGUUUGGACCGGAGGCGGGACGCGUUUGCAGGUCGGUCAUUGGAGUCAAGAAGCAAGCGACGAGAAAGAACCAAAGCCUCGGCAAAGGGAGUUGGGGGACGAGAGGGAUAGUGAGAGGGGAGAGGGGUGGGGGAUGGGGACGACGCUGCGGUAUGCGAUGGUGUGCUCGUCGAACCAGAAUUAGGGCUUUGCUUGAGCCCUAAUUGUUUAAGAGCUCGGAGCUCGUCAUUGGGAGGAAGAAGAGCCGGUGAGCGCGAGGGAUGAAGAAGUACGGACUUCGGCUUCGAUUUCCGCCGGCGCAGAAGACCUCGAAGCCAGCUCCUCCUCGCCCUCCCCCUCCUGCCUUCGCUUUCGGCGGCGGCGACGACGAGGAUGACAUCGAGAGAGAAAUCUCACGGCAGGCGGCCAAAAACAAGUCUCUCCAAAAGAUCGAGGAGCAGCACAAAAAGGCAAUGGAAGAGGAUCCCUCGGUCUUCGACUACGACGGAGUUUACGACGAGAUGAAGGGGAAGAUUGCGCGCCCAAAGGUUCAGGAUCGAACGGAGAGAAAGUCAAAGUAUAUAGAAACACUUGUGGAGAAAGCAAAACAACGUGAGCGGGAACAUGAAAUUGUAUAUGAGAGGAAGCUGCUGAAAGAGAGGAGCAAGGAUGAUCACCUUUUUGCAGAUAAGGAAAAGUUUGUAACCAGUGCCUACAAGAAAAAGCUAGCAGAACAAGCAAAAUGGUUGGACGAAGAGAGGCUGCGCCAAAUUCGUGAAGAAAGAGAUGAUGUAACCAAGAAGAGUGACUUGAGCGAUUUUUACUUUGCGCUCGGUGAGAAUGUAGCUUUUGGUGCUCAGUCAGAAGAUGCCACAAAACGGAAGGAACAAAAGCCACCCGGAGGCACUUCAGCGGUACCUGAACAUGGCCCUACUGAGAAGAAUGCACAGACAGAUUAUACUCAGGAUACAGAGAAAGAUGAUACUCAAGCCAAGACUUCUAGUCAUACACAGAACAACUCUGAGCAAGCUGCAGAGUUAACAACAUCAGAUGUUACUGUAAAAGAUAACGAUGAUGGUGAUAAAUUGGCAGCUGUGGAUCAAUCAACUGAACGUUACAAGAGAGGUGAUGACGCAUUGGCUUCAGCAAGAGAGCGUUUUCUAACUCGAAAGAGAGCAAGACAGCAGUUGGAAAGCAGUUGUUUCGUCUCUAUUUAGCACUUAUAUCUGGAGUUAAAAUUGGUAUUC